UGCGGCGGCUGCGCCUGCGUGGGUUGCGGGCUUGGUGGGUGCUUGGGGUGAGAUUGCGAGUUACUUCGUACAAAAGACCGCCGGCCCAGCUCCUAUCGUGUCGGACUUCACCUUUUGGCUGUUCCUCAACGCCUACUACGCCUCAACGGGAUAGAUAGCUGCAGCAGCGUUCCUUGAUCACAUGGCAUCGGCGUAAUCGCAGCUACCUUUCGGCCAGUCUCUCCUCCUGGCUCCCGUCACAUGCGCGUCCAGCUUCGCCGACGCACCAUAUCCUCGAUCCCAAUGUCUGGUCUACCGCGACAUGACUACGAGCGUUUACCACGUACAUCGUUCGAGGCGCAGGACUUACCCAAGCUGGAGCGCUCUGCGUCGACGACAUCAUGGCUCAGUACCCUCAGCUCGAGACUGCCCGGCGUGAAGACACUGUCUGAGCGCGCUACGUACACACAUCUGGUGACACCGCGGAGGAAGAAGCGCUCGAUUCUGCGUGCCAUAUUCUAUACUGUCUUCGCGUUCCCGUAUAUCUGCGCCGUCCUGGUGCUUAUCGCGGGCAUCUUCUUCCCGAGCUACACCAACCGUCCAGCUCACUACGUUGAGCUCCAGCAGCGAGCAGCGAAUGGCACCGAGCCCGGCCGAGCAAACCCUUACAGCGAGAAGGUCUUUAUUGCUGCGUCGCUGUACGAAGACAAGGGCCAACUGACAUCUGGCGGCUGGGGGAGCUCGGUCCUGGAGCUGAUCGACCUGCUGGGCCCAGACAACGUGCACCUGAGCAUCUACGAGGACAACCCCACAGAGGCCGCCAAGCAAUCGCUGGACAGCUUCCGCGCCAACGUCACUUGCAACUCGACAAUUGUCGGCGAAAGCUUCGAUGCUGGCACACUUCCGCGCGUCACUCUGCCCACAGGAGAGACUCGUCUCAAGCGAAUUGCUUUUCUUGCAGAAGUUCGAAACCGAGCUCUGGCUCCCAUCAACCACCAGAGUGUCAAGUUCGACAAGAUCCUGUACCUGAACGAUGUCAACUUCCACGCAGUCGAUGCUGUCCAGCUUCUCUUUGCAACCAACAUCGAUUCGACGGGCCGCACCAACUACGGCGCAGCCUGCGCCCUCGACUUCAUCAACGCCUUCAAGUACUACGAUCGCUUCGCUACCCGGGAUCUCGAUGGGCGUGUCACAGGCAUACCCUUUUUCCCGUACUUCACAAGCGCUGGUUCUGCAACCAGCAGGAAGGAUAUACUUGCGCAAAAAGAUGCUGUCAGGGUACGAAGCUGCUGGGGAGGCAUGGUCGCAUACGAGGCCCAGUGGUUCCAGGACCAGGCUCCAUUCGAGGAGAAGCCUGCUAACACCACGAAGCCUGCCAACACCACGAAUGUUGCACACAACACUUCGCUAGACCAUCACGCUCCGCUGCGCUUCCGCUACGAGGAAGAGAUUUUCUGGGAGGCUUCUGAGUGCUGCUUGAUUAACGCCGAUCUCCAAUACCGACGUACCGGAAAGGGCAUGCCGGCAGAGUCGGGCAUCUACCUGAACCCAUACAUCAGAGUUGCGUACACCGAGAAGACACUGUCAUGGCUCAGCUUUAUUCGCCGCCCAGAGCGUCUGUACUCGAUUAUCCAUGAUAUCCUCAAUCCCAUGGUUGGGUUUCCAAGCCCGAAUUCACGUCUGGGGGACGAGCCUGGACAGAUCGUCACCGAUACUGUGUGGGAGUACGACGACCCAGCACGAGGUUUUGCCCAUGAAGCUACAAGCACUGAUCGUGCCGGCACCUGGGUAGAGAUCACCAGAACCGCUAAACCAGGAAGCUACUGCGGCGGUCCAAACCUUCUCGUUAUGAACGACAGGCCAGGAGAUGGCAAGGGCAAGUGGCACAGGGUCUCCAUUCCUGAGCCACCGAAUGCCUGAAUUUCUCUUCAAUACGUAUAUGCUUCACGGCCUGCCUCAAGACCUACUCAUAUUUAUUGCUCUUUUCUUAUCUUUACCAACAGCAUAGCGAAGGCGCACUGGGAGCAUGACACAAGCGUGGCAGGAGAACUGCGAGCAUGUCAGAAGUUUUGAUUUCACAAAGAGCCACAUCUUGCAAGACAAGGGAAAGACUCUUCGGAGGUAUUUAAGGAAUUCACGCGUAGUCAUGAAUGAGAGGCAAAGAUCUAUCACUCCGCCACAAUCAGCUUUCUUCUUCUGACAUGACUGUGUGACCAUGAAUGGACUUGAGG